AUGGCAGAGCCACCACUCUUAUCAAAGCCCGUGGAUGGAGAAACAUUAUAUGUCUACUUGGCUGUCUCUGAGAAAGCACUGAGUGCGGUCUUGGUUCGUGAGGAUCGAAAAAUCCAGAAACCCGUCUACAAUGUUAGUAAGAUUUUUCAUGGAGCGGAGCUCAACUAUUCUGUGAUUGAGAAGUUUGCCUUAGCCGUGAUUACAGCUUCAAUAAAGCUGAGGCCUUACUUCCAGGCUCACAAAAUUGAAGUCUUGACAGACCAGCCCCUUAGGAACAUAAUGCAUAGCCCGAAGGCUAGUGGGAGAUUAAUCAAAUGGGCAGUAGAGCUUGGGGAAUUUGAAAUUCAAUACAAACCACGGGUGGCAAUCAAGGCUCAAGCUCUAGCUGACUUCCUCGUUGAAUGCACCAUUGACAACAAGGAAGUCGGAGGGCAGGAGAGUAUGGUAAAGAAACCCAAAGAAGAGGAGAAACCUAAAGAUGGGGCAGGGCUGGUGCUCCGAAGCCCGGAUGGCUUCACAGUCGAGUACGCGAUCAAGUUAGACUUCCCAACUACCAACAAUGAAGCUGAGUAUGAGGCCCUUAUAGCUGGAUUGGGAUUGGCGAGAACCCUGAGGGUUAAAAACCUGAAAGUAUGUGGGGAUUCAAGACUUGUGGUGUCACAGGUUAAUGGAGAAUUUGAGGCACGAGAAGAAACAAUGCUGAAAUACUUAAGGAUUGUGAAAGCCCAGAUGACGCAAUUUAAAGAAUGUUUGGUAGAACAUAUACCUAGGGAAGAGAAUACAAAGGCUGAUGCCUUAUCCCAGUUUGCAUCCUCAGAGAAUGAGGUGUGCUCGGGAAGUGUUUACUAUCAGGUUUUGAAAACCCCAAGUAUCAAUGCCAAGCUGGUAGCCCCAAUUGACACGGGGGCCACUUGGAUCGAUGAGGUCAAAACGUAUCUCGAGACUGGACAUCUACCACCUGAUGCUGGGGAAGCACGAAAACUACAAGUAAGAGCUUUAAAGUAUGCACUCAUUGAAGGGAUUCUCUAUAAGAAAUCUUGUGUUAUACCUUAUUUGAAGUGUUUAAGGCCGGAUGAGGCCCGGGAAGCCCUGAAAGAGGUCCAUGAAGGAAUCUGUGGCCAGCACCUAGGCGGGAGAGCCUUGGCUCACAAAAUUACUCGUCUUGGGUUCUUUUGGCCAAAUAUGCUGAAGGAUGCGAAGGAUUAUGUUAAGAGAUGA